UCCGCGCGCCCCUCGCCCUGCAGCAUGAGCGGCGGCGGCGGCGGCUCCUCGGCACCCGGCCGCUUCGCCGACUACUUCGUCAUCUGCGGGCUGGACACCGAGACCGGGCUGGAGCCGGACGAGCUCUCCGCUUUAUGCCAGUAUAUACAGGCCUCUAAAACCCGAGAUGGUGGCAGCCGUUUCAUUUCAAGUGCAACAGAAGGGGAAAACUUUGAGCAGACUCCGUUAAGACGCACAUUUAAAUCCAAAGUUCUUGCUCGCUAUCCUGAGAAUGUUGAAUGGAACCCUUUUGACCAGGAUGCAGUGGGAAUGCUGUGUAUGCCUAAAGGGCUUGCUUUCAAGACACAAGCAGAUUGCAGAGAACCUCAGUUCCACUCUUUCAUUAUCACUCGUGAAGAUGGCUCGCGGACAUUUGGAUUUUCUCUCACGUUUUUUGAGGAGGUCACUAGCAAGCAGAUCUGCAGUGCAAUGCAGACCCUGUACCACAUGCACAAUGCUGAAUAUGACAUUCUUCACAGCCCUCCCUCCAAUGACAAGGAGAGCUGCAGCAGCACUGGGGACUGCAAUGGCACCUCUGUCUCAAAGCUGCAGCGGUUUAACUCCUACGACAUCAGCAGAGACACUCUCUAUGUCUCCAAGUGCAUUUGUCUGAUUACUCCAAUGUCUUUCAUGAAAGCUUGUAAGAAAGUUCUGGAACAGCUUCACCAAGCAGUGACUUCGCCUCAGCCACCGCCACUACCUUUAGAGAGCUACAUCUACAAUAUUCUCUAUGAGGUUCCUCUUCCUCCAGCAGGAAGGUCAUUGAAGUUUUCAGGUGUUUAUGGACCAAUUAUCUGCCAGAGGCCAAGCACCAAUGAACUACCAUUGUUUGAUUUUCCUGUUAAAGAAGUUUUUGAAUUGCUUGGAGUAGAAAAUGUGGUUCAACUCUUUACCUGUGCCCUUUUGGAGUUUCAGAUACUGCUUUAUUCACAGCAUUAUCAGAGGCUGAUGACAGUGGCAGAGACCAUCACAGCACUAAUGUUUCCAUUUCAGUGGCAGCAUGUGUAUGUUCCUAUCCUUCCAGCAUCCCUCCUUCAUUUUCUAGAUGCUCCUGUCCCUUACCUCAUGGGCUUGCACUCUAAUGGACUGGAUGAUAGGUCUAAGCUGGAACUUCCUCAAGAGGCAAACCUGUGCUUUGUGGAUGUAGACAACCAUUUCAUUGAGCUGCCAGAAGAUCUACCCCAGUUUCCAAAUAAACUUGAGUUCAUUCAGGAAAUUUCAGAGAUUCUGAUGGCUUUUGGAAUUCCACCUGAGGGAAACCUGCACUGCAGUGAAAGUGCCUCCAAGAUGAAGAGCCUCAGAGCAUGUGACCUGGUUUCUGAUAAAAGAAAUGGGAACAUAGCAGGAUCACCUCUGAAUUCCUAUGAGCUGCUAAAGGAAAAUGAGACUAUUGCAAGACUCCAAGCACUUGUUAAAAGAACAGGUGUGAGUCUGGAAAAGCUGGAGGUACGAGAAGAGACCAGUAGCAAAAAGGAUCUUAAAAUUCAGUGUGAUGAAGAAGAAUUCAAGAUUUACCAGCUAAACAUUCAGAUUCGGGAAGUUUUUGCCAACCGCUUCACACAAAUGUUUGCAGAUUAUGAAGUGUUUGUCAUUCAGCCCAGUCAGGACAAGGAAUCCUGGUUUACAAACAGAGAACAGAUGCAAAACUUUGAUAAAGCUUCUUUCUUGUCUGACCAGCCUGAACCUUACUUGCCUUUCCUCUCAAGAUUCCUGGAGACCCAAAUGUUUGCUUCCUUCAUUGACAAUAAGAUUAUGUGCCAUGAUGAAGAUGACAAGGACCCUGUUUUGAGAGUUUUUGAUUCCAGGGUGGAUAAAAUCAGGCUGUUGAAUGUCAGGACACCGACUCUGCGCACAUCUAUGUAUCAGAAAUGCACAACCAUUGAUGAGGCUGAGAAAUCUAUUGAAUUAAGGCUGGCAAAAAUAGAUCACACUGCAGUUCACCCACACUUGCUGGACAUGAAAAUUGGACAAGGGAAAUAUGAGCUUGGAUUUUUUCCUAAGCUUCAGUCUGAUGUUUUAUCCACUGGCCCAGCAAGCAACAAGUGGACAAAGAGGAAUGCUCCUGCUCAGUGGAGGCGCAAGGACAGGCAGAAGCAGCACACGGAACACCUGCGUCUGGACAAUGACCAGAGAGAGAAGUACAUCCAGGAAGCCAGGAACCUGGGCAGCACCAUCCGGCAGCCCAAGCUCUCCAACCUCUCUCCAUCAGUAAUUGCACAAACAAACUGGAAGUUUGUAGAAGGCUUGUUGAAGGAAUGCAGAAAUAAGACUAAGAGGAUGUUGGUUGAGAAGAUGGGUCGAGAAGCUGUGGAGCUUGGUCAUGGUGAAGUGAAUAUCACAGGAGUGGAAGAGAACACCCUGAUAGCCAGUCUGUGUGACCUCUUGGAAAGAAUAUGGAGCCACGGUCUGCAAGUCAAACAGGAUAGAAGCUGUACUGCUUUCGUCUUAGAAGACAGAGCAUCAGUUUACUCUGCCUCAAGCCAGGUUUGGGCCUUUCAGAGCAGCAGACGGCCAACCCUUCAUAAGGGAAAGUCUGCUCUGUGGUCUCAUCUGUUACAUUACCUAGAGAACAGACAAAGAAGAACCACAUCAGGCAGCUUCAGUACCUCAGGAAUACUUCUUGAUUCAGAAAGACGAAAGUCUGAUACAAGUCCAGCCAUGUCACCUCUCAGAAUCUCUCUCAUCCAGGAUAUGAGGCAUAUCCAGAAUAUCAGUGAGAUCAAAACAGAUGUUGGCAAGGCCAGAGCUUGGGUUCGCCUCUCUAUGGAGAAGAAAUUGCUCUCCAGGCAUCUGAAGCAGUUGCUUUCAGAUCAUGAACUUACAAAGAAGCUCUACAAGCGUUACGCGUUCCUCCGCUGCGAUGAUGAGAAGGAGCAGUUCCUGUAUCAUCUCCUGUCAUUCAAUGCUGUGGAUUACUUCUGCUUCACCAAUGUUUUCACAACAAUCUUGAUACCAUACCAUAUUUUGAUUGUUCCCAGCAAGAAACUCGGUGGCUCAAUGUUCACAGCCAAUCCUUGGAUCUGUAUUUCGGGGGAGCUGGGUGAAACAGGAGUCCUGCAGAUUCCCAGGAACAUAUUGGAAAUGACUUUUGAGUGCCAGAACCUGGGAAAACUGACCACAGUGCAAAUAGGACAUGAUAAUUCAGGGCUGUAUGCCAAGUGGCUUGUGGAAUAUGUUAUGGUCAGAAAUGAAAUAACAGGGCAUACUUACAAGUUUCCCUGUGGAAGGUGGCUGGGGAAGGGGAUGGAUGAUGGCAGCUUGGAGAGGAUCCUGGUGGGAGAGCUGCUGACUUCCCACACGGAGGCCGACGAGCGGCAGUGCCGGACGCCUCCCCUGCAGCAGUCUCCAAGCAUGAUCAGGAGAUUUGUCACUAUCUCACCAAACAACAAGCCAAAGUUAAAUACUGGUCAGAUACAAGAAGCUAUUGGUGAAGCUGUUAAUGGUAUUGUCAAGCAUUUCCACAAGCCAGAGAAGGAGAGAGGCAGCCUGACCCUGCUGCUGUGUGGAGAAAGUGGACUUGUGUCAGCUCUGGAGCAAGUGUUCCAGCAUGGAUUUAAAUCACCAAGACUCUUCAAGAACGUCUUCAUUUGGGACUUUCUAGAAAAAGCACAAACAUACUAUGAGACCCUUGAGCAGAGUGAGAUGGUCCCAGAGGAGAACUGGCAGACAAGGGCCAGGAAUUUCUGUCGCUUUAUCACUGCUAUCAACAACACCCCCAGGAACAUUGGGAAGGAUGGCAAGUUUCAGAUGCUGGUGUGUCUUGGAGCCAGAGACCACCUUUUGCACCACUGGAUCGCCCUGCUUGCAGACUGCCCCAUUACAGCCCAGAUGUAUGAGGACAUGGCCCUGAUUAAGGAUCACACGCUGGUGAAUUCUUUGAUUCGGGUGCUGCAGACCCUGCAGGAGUUCAACAUCACCCUGGAGGCAUCUCUGGUCAAAGGAAUCGACAUCUGACCUCCUGUCCCACAGGAAAAACUGUCUUUACACACACAACAAAAAGCAACAAGGAGUGAAUCUCGUUAGUAUGCAAAAGUUCUUGCCAGUACAUUGUAUCGUGAACUUGUUCAUGGCCCAGAAAUGCAACUUUGACUUUUCUUGAAGGAAACUCCAGAAAUAGUACAGGCAAAUGGAUAGAAGCUGUAAACUCAAUGUAAAAAAGAGGAUUUUGGUAUAAAUCUAUUUUAGAGUUUAUUUGCUGAUUUGCUUUUUACACACUUUCAUGUGAAAGAGAUAGAGAUGAGUAUUGUGCAGCUUAUUUUAAAGCUGCAGUAUUUCCUUGCCAUAGAAAAUGUGCAGUGAGCCUUUCAGCAUUCUGUGAACUUGCCUUCAGAUAUGCUGUAUGUCAUAGACCCCAGUGUAUACACUCCAUUUCUGCUGAGAAGGUCAUUCUAUAGUUUUUAAACUAAUAUUUUAUAUAUUAACAUUAUUACCAAUGUUUGAUUUUUAAGGUGUUGGGUCAUGUUCUGCUGCAAGGGAACUACAGAUUUGAUCUGUGCUUUUAAUAGCUCCAAAGCACUGAUUUGUCAACAAUAAUUUUUUUCCUUUAUUUUUGCUGUCAGUAUUAUUUUUAGUGAAAUCCAGGAGACUGAACCGUGAAAUGUCCAGAGAUCAAAGUAAUAUUUUUCAUAUUGGUACGUAAUUGCACAGAAGAAGAAAUUAAGUCUGUUUUUUAACUGAUGUUUUUUAUUUAUUUAACCUAUCAUUGUGUUUUGUAAGUUUGUCUUUAAAAAAAAGUCUUCUAUGAUACAACUGGCUAUAUUAUGUUGCAAUUCAGAAUUUACAGUGUAGCCCACUUAAAUGAAAAAUCUGGAAUAAUUGUUCAUAACACAAGAACAUUUCCACUUAAACCAGCCUUUUGAAGCUUGGUGUCUGGUUGCUGCUGGUAAUUCUCUUAACUGCUAAUAAAGAGGGACAUGAGUUCCCCAGAUGCCAGAUGACUAAAUAAAAAUCUUUAUGCCCCAUCUAAAGUAAUAACAGUAUACCUUACUAACAACUAAAAGGAUUUCUUAAUGUUUCUGAAAGGACAGUGGUAUUAAGGUUUUUUUCUUUUCCUUUUGAGUGCAUAUGUCUUGGAUCCCAUUGUCACAGUCUGCUUCAUUUGGGAUGCUUUUGUUUUUAGCAAAGAAAGUUUAGGCCAUUUCUGCUAUGAAACACAAACAUUUUGAAAGCUUAAUUUAUUGGAGAUCUGCAACUUGGCAAAUGCCUAAAGGCAUCUCUGUUCAUUUGAAUCCUCUGAUAAAAAUCUCUUUGAAAUGAAUAUGUGACUUAAGAACAGGCUGAUUUAUCAGCAUCACAAAUUACUGUACAGAAGUUCAGGGCUGUGUAUUUAAGAGGUCUCCACUGUAUAAACUUAUCUCAGUAUUGUCUCUCUUUGGAGAAACAGAAUCCGAGUUUUUUGGUUCAUACAAUUUUGUAGCACUUUUACUUUACCUACAGCUUAGUCACAUCUUGUGAUAGUUUUAUUUCCAUAAUUUAUGAGUAUAGCACAUGUAUUAAAUUUUUGACUAUUUUUAAUUUUGUCCUAUUUAUUUCAUUAUUAAACUGAGAAGUUCCUUUGU